AUGACUGACCGAUAUCGGUUCUAUUCUCUGCACAUACCCCAGGUCGCCAUGAUGUUGGCUCAAACUGGUUUCCUACUCCUCGUUUUUAUAGUGAAUAGCAUACGAGUAUUUAGCUAUGAAGUUCGCGACGUGUGUCCAGGUAUCUCAAAGAUUAUGUGCCCUGUGCAAUACGACUCAACAACAAAGGAACACAUACAACUGAUACCUAAAUAUGUUCCUGUCGGUCAUGAAAUUCAAAAUCUACAAGGUGAUAUUCGUGAGAAUGUGAAGAAGUUCUACUGCGCAAAACCGGCAUGUCUCGCAAGACCCUGCUGGAAUGGCGCCAUCUGCGAUGAAACUGUGGAUGGUUUUUCCUGCACCUGUGCCGAAGGAUUUUCAGGUCCACUGUGCGAAGAAGACAUUAACGAAUGCUUGAGUCAUCCAUGUGAAAAUGGAGCUGUGUGUCAAGACGGAAUAGAUCGGUACAUAUGCGAAUGUAUGUCAGGAUAUGAAGGGACUCAUUGUGAAACAGAAACGCUGGAAUGUGCAAGUAGUCCGUGUAUGAAUGGUGGCACCUGUAAUGAAGAAGUCAACCGUUAUACGUGCUUAUGCCUUAGCGGUUUUGAGGGGAUCUAUUGCGAGACGGAUAUUGAUGAAUGCAAUAGUUCUCCUUGCCAGCAUGAGGGAACUUGUUCUGAUAACGUCAAUCAGUACACCUGUUCGUGUGUUCCCGGUUAUGAGGGAAAAGACUGUGAAACGGAUAUAAAUGAAUGCGCAAGUUUACCCUGUCUGAAUGGAGGAGCAUGUACUGAUGGGCUGGAUGAGUACUCCUGUGAUUGUCUAGAUGGCUUUGCAGGAGAAACAUGCGACUCAGAUACUGAUGAGUGUAUUAGCAUGCCAUGUCAGAAUGGUGGUGCCUGUGUUGAUGAUAUCAAUCGCUAUUCAUGUUCAUGCACGCCUGGAUAUGAGGGAUUGCACUGUGAGAUUGAAAUCAACGAAUGCGCCAGCAAUCCGUGUCAGAAUCAAGGGGUGUGUACGGAUGAUGUCAACCAGUAUACAUGUGCCUGUCAACCAGGCUUCGCAGGAGACCAGUGCCAGGACAAUGUGAAUGAAUGUGAGAGCAAUCCUUGUCAGAAUGAUGGUGUUUGUCAGGAUGAAAUCAACGCGUAUUCAUGUUCCUGUGUGCCCGGCUAUGAAGGAAUACACUGUGAAACAAAUAUCGAUGAAUGCUUGAGUUCACCUUGUCAGAGUUCUGGCACGUGCACAGAUGGGAUCAACGGGUACACGUGUACAUGUUUGCCAGGUUUCGGAGGGACCACCUGCGAUGAAGCAGAUGAAUGCUCGAGCAACCCCUGCUUGAAUAAUGGAGUGUGCAAUGAUGCAGUCAAUAGCUAUUCCUGCGCAUGCGUGCCCGGUUAUGAAGGAACGCAUUGUGAAACAGAUACGAAUGAAUGCUCGAGCAACCCCUGUUUAAAUAGUGGAGUGUGCAAUGAUGCAGUCAAUGGCUAUUCCUGCGCAUGUGUUGGCGGCUAUGAAGGAACGCACUGUGAAACAGAUACGAAUGAAUGCUCAAGCAACCCCUGUUUAAAUAGUGGAGUAUGCAAUGAUGCAGUCAAUGGCUAUUCCUGCGCAUGUGUUGGCGGCUAUGAAGGAACGCAUUGUGAAACAGAUACGAAUGAAUGUUUAAGCAACCCCUGUAUGAAUGGUGCAGUGUGCAAUGAUGCAGUCAAUAGCUAUUCCUGUGUAUGCGGGACCGGCUAUGAAGGAACGUAUUGUGAAACAGCAACAUCGCUUACUAUUCAACUUUCUGGAGGGACAAGUGGACGUCUCCUAGUUUAUUUUGCCGGAGCCUGGGGUACAGUUUGUGAUGAUAGUUUUGACCUUAACGCUGGCAAUGUUGUGUGUAAACAGCUGGGGUUAACUGGAUAUUCAACACAUGCAACAGUUGGUGGGGGGACUGGAUCAAUCGUAUUAGAUAAUCUCGUGUGUACCGGAUCAGAGACUAAUAUCGCACAGUGUACACAUAAUGGAUACCUCUCUCACAACUGCGGUCAUUCUGAAGAUUUAGGGGUGACUUGCAAAACUACACAAGUGAGGAUUGCCAGCUCUACUAAUUCGGGGCGCGUGGAGAUAUUCUACAACGGAGCAUGGGGGACGGUGUGUGAUGAUUCUUUCGAUGCUACUGAUGCAGGUGUCAUAUGCCGUAUGCUGGGAUAUUCUUCUGGCUCCGCUAUCUGCUGUGGUGGAGCUGGCGCAGGUACAGGAAGCAUCCUCGUUGACAAUCUAGCAUGCACUGGGUCUGAAACUGACAUCCUAUUGUGUCCUCAUGCAGGGCUGUUGGUUCAUAAUUGUGGACAUGGCGAGGAUGCAGGAAUAACGUGUUCUUAAGUCAUAAUCCUUUCAAAAUUAGUUGAAACUAUCAGAUUACCAGACAAAACAAAAUCACCAUGGGGUUAUGUCUGUUAAACCUACUAAAGGUGUAUUUGGGCAAAACGGUCGAGUUUUAGUUUGUUUAAGAACUUUUUGAUACAGUAUGUACUUCCUUCUACGUAAUUACUAACUUUGGAUCCGAAGUACCAAACAUCUAAAAGUAAUAUUUUUGCAGUGUUGUGUAGACCUUUUUUUAUAGAUCUUGAGUUUGUUGUAGUAGGUGUUAAUGAUUUAUGACCUUGGAUUACUGGUCUCAUUGUGAUCUCCAUUAACUAUAAAAAUGGAGUAAGCCGUUGUAGUAGAAUAUAGACAACAUCAUUAACAAAAUGUGCUUAAUCGGUAGGCCAAGUUUUAGGACAGUAGGCUGAUUAUAACUUCACGGAAAUGUGUGUAGGGUUGUCACCUUACACAAUAAACUUGGGAGUCAGAAUGCCUAAUACACUACACAUCUUUACAUUUCCAGAUGCUUUUGAAAUAGCAAAAGUAGUGCUGUAACAAAAGCUGUAAACAAAAUAUAGAUAAUUAUAGACCUGUUGCAUAAUUACCUAUAUUUUCUAAAUUUUUGAAAAGAAUGAUGUAUGAUAGAUUGUAUAGUUUUCUUACUAAAUAUGAGAUAUUGAUUAAUGAACGAUUUUGAUUUAGGUAAGGUCGUUCGACCUCUAAUGGUGUCUUGACAAUGUCAGAAUGUGUGAGAAAUAUAUUGUAUAAUGGUAAUUUUCGUUGAGAGUUAUCUUUAGAGUUAUCUUUAUCUAUAGAUCUUUCAAGGGCAUUUGACACCAUCGACCAUGACAUUUUUCUUGAUAAAUUGUUUCAUUUUGGCGUGAGAGGAGUAGCCUUAAACUGGUUCAGAUCGUAUUUGAUGGUAGAAAGCAAUAUGUGUUUGUCGAUGGUGUCGAGUCAAACUUCAAAGAACUAUUAUGUGGAGCAUCACAAGGGUCUGUACUAGGACCGCUCCUGUUUUGUUGUAUGUUAAUGAUAUUGUUAACAGUUCUGGUGUCUUUUUGGUUUACAUUAACCGCUGAUGACAACGUGGUUGUCAAAUCCCAUAGAAAUGUAAAUGAACUGAUUUUUCUAAAGAAGGCGUUACACAAAAUAUUUGUUGUGAAAUGAUUUUUUUUUUAAAUGUCAAAUUGAAGAGCAUACAAUUUAAAUGAUAAAAUCGUUGUCGUUUGCUCAAAAAUGGGUUGAAAGACGGCUGAAAUAUCCAUGAAAAUAACCAUUUCUAACGGCAACACAGAUAUUCGGUCAUUUUGAACCAGCCGUUAAAAAUAUAUAUAGCGCCUUUUAAGUUUUAUUCCAGCCAAUGCCAAUGUUGGCUUUUUUGUGUAGGUUAUAAUAAACACAACCAGCCGCCAGUGUAUUUUUUUUUAAUUAUUGGUAUCAUUCGAAAAUAACGGUCACCGUAUUUUUUUAAAAGUAGAGCUGAAUUGGUAUGAUCGGAUUUAAUCUAAAUUUCACACAUCUUUUGGUCUAAACAUACCAAUAUACCAAUAUAGCAAUUAUAGGUUCUUAAAG